CAACGUUAAGUGCAUUUUUGAAAUGGAGCAGUACAUCAGGGUUAUCUUGUUCUCAUGUUUUCCGUAUAUAUAAAUAAAUAAAUAAAUAAGAGGUGACCGAGGCAAUGAACCUUCAAUCCAACUGUCGGUAGCAUUUCUGCUACUACUCUCUGAGGUCACGGUAUCCUUGAUGUACGACAGCUUAUGCAACUGCCUGGUAUCUUAAAACUUAUUUUCACCUCGAAAACAGUUUCAGGUGGACCUGCACCUGAAUCACCAAUCUGCUAACGGUGGCGAGUAGAUUAUUUGGCUCUGCCUAGUAAAGACAAUGAGGGAAUGCAGACUUAUGAUCACCUUAAGGGGCAAUGUGAGAACGUGUAUAGUGUGUUUCUGUCCGCCUAGGUGCUAAAUACUGCCUCAAGACUGGUAUGCUUCAAGGCCUGAACUAAGGGUGGGGAAUGAACUGGUUAAGCGCGUCAGUUACUUUACUCAGCUUGGAAGUCUUAUCAACCCUGGUGAGUUGGCGUCUGACAAAGUUUCAUCACGUGUUCAAGUAGCCUGGUUGGCGUUUGCCAGAGGACCAUUUUUGGCGUAGGUGCGUUUACUGGACAACAAUUCGCUCCGUUCUUUAUGGGAAUGGAACACGACCUCCAAAAAUCAAGGAUAUUUGAAGGUCACUGGUGUUUGAUAGUAGGUAUCAUUGAGGCAUUUCUAGUGUACUCUGGGACCAUUGAGUUCUCAGUCUUCACGUUUUAUGCACAGUACUACAUACUAUAAUCGAGAGAAAAAAAACUCAGCUAACUAAUACAAAAACUUCAACUUUGUAUGUUUCUACAUGGGCUUUAUUAUUUGCCGCCCUGUUUUUAAAGGUACAUGAAAUAUUUGGGAAACAAAGUACUUGUUCAUCAUCGAUACAGUCAAAAAAGCCACGGAAUUACACACCAUACUUCGCGUAAAACCUUCCAAAAAGACUGCAAAUGAUUUUCAAGUUGUGGAAAGUUCACUGGUCAGUGUGCUACUCACCAUCAUUUUACAAAGUAUGCUACAGUUCAAAAUCUCAUUCUCCUGCAUUCACAUCCAAGAAGAGAAAACUUGAGGUAUGGGAGGGGAUAACUAUCAAGGAAUUGUCGUCAGCUGCUAAAAUAUCUCCUCACAUAAUUCUUAGAACCUUAAACUCAGCCCUUGUUACAAAACAUAAAGCAAACACCGAUUCAAGUAUGAUUGCCUUUGCACAGUUAGUUAAACUUUAGAGUUGGAAGAUAAAGCGAUCAUCGAAACUCUAGUGAAAUUAAUGGGAUUCACACCAGCGUUCAGACACCAGAUUAUUCACGAAACAAUUGACUGUGAUGCUUAUCCAAGACCACCUUGUCCUCCGGAGAAAUGUGAACCACGCCCCCCCAUUGUCGCUGUCCUGGGUCAUGUGGAUCACGGAAAAACAACUUUGUUAGAUGCUUUACGCUCCAGUAGAGUUGUUGACGAAGAAUUUGGAGGUAUAACUCAACAUCUUGGCGCAUUUACGGUAUCUUUGUCAUCUGUUGAACGCAAUGCUGGAUUUACAGAUCCCAAUCCCGUGUCAUUUUCCAGAAGCAUCACUUUUCUAGAUACACCAGGCCAUGCAGCAUUUUCUGGCAUUCGCUUUCGAAGUGCAAAAGCAACUGAUAUUAUGCUUUUGGUAGUCGCUGCUGAUGAUGGGGUUAAACCUCAAACUGUUGAGGCAAUUCGUUACGCAAAAGAAACAAACACUCCUAUAGUUGUCGCAAUCAAUAAAAUUGAUAAACACGAUAUCAAUAUGGAUAAAGUAGUCCAAGGUCUGGCUACUUAUGAAGUUUUAACUGAACAGUUAGGUGGAGAUAUACAAGCAGUUCCAAUAUCAGCAUUAAAACGAAUAAAUCUUUCUGAAUUAUUAGAUGCUAUUAUUCUGCAAGCUGAAAUAAUGCAGUUGAAAGCAGAUCAUACCGGAUUGACUGAAGGUAUUGUUUUAGAAUCGGAAACACUUCAUGGGAUUGGCAAAACGGCUACCUGUCUUAUUACUCGAGGUGUUCUGCGUAAAUCACCCAAUAGUGGUCCACUUAUAGCUGGUGAAGCAAUCUGUACCCCACGAAUCUUGCUAAACGAUGCAGGAAAACACGUGGAUUCAGUUAAACCCGGAUUUGUAGCGCGGGUAGCGGGUUGGAAAGAUCUCCCCUCUGCAGGAGAUCUUAUCCUAGAGGUAGAAUCUACGAAGCGAGCUAAUGAAGUUCAACGAUAUCGGCGGUGUAUAAAGGUACAGGACAAAGUUAAAGAAGACCGUGAUGCAUAUGAUCUUCGAGCGUCUCAUCAUCGAGAACAUCGCGAGAAAUACGCAGAAAAACGUUCGAGCCUUCAUCUACGUCAGUGGCGAAAACUUAAAUUAGAACGUGAUUCAGCUGAAUCUAGCUUAUGGAAGGAAAAUUCUAAUAGAAUUUCCCUACCACUUGUAAUCAAAUGUGAUGUACAGGGUAGUUUAGAGGCGAUAAAAACACUCCUUUCUACCUAUUCAUCAGAUCAAUAUGCGGCCGCUGCAGUUAAAGCAAAUGUACUACUAUUCAACAUUCAUGCUCUUCCAGAAGCAACAAUUACAGCUGAACAUAAUUGUGUUAAAAUUAAAGAAUUCAAUAUUAUUUAUCGAUUGGCUGAAGAAGUUAGGGAACUAUUGAAUGAAAAGCUCCCACCAGUAUCAGUGGAGAAGAUAAUUGGUGAAGCAGAAAUUCUCCAGCUGUUUACGAUUAAAGCAUCUAAAAGCGUCGUGAAGACUGGACUUUUACCAGUUGCUGGAUGUAGAUGUAUUAAAGGAAAUAUUAUCGCUAAUAUUACUAAAAUAGGCUCCAUUCUCACAGAUCUAGGUGUUGAUGGUGAACCAACUGAAUUAUGUUACCGCAUUGUCCGUCCAGCUCACCAUUCAACAUCACCAAACAAUAAACAUCGAGAAAAUCCAACCACCGCUCAAAAAGACUUUUCUGAUUCUAAAAAUACCAUAGUGGAUCGAGCUAUCUGUUACUCACUGCGUCAUGAAAAAUCUGUUGUUGAAAGUAUUCGAAAAGGAGUAGAUUGUGGUAUUGUAUUAGUUUCUCCUGAAGUUCAGGAUAUUCAUAGCGAGAAUCAAAAUUUAUCCGCAAAGAAUUUCAUUUCACAAUGGAAAGUAGGAGAUAUAAUUCAGUGUUAUGUAACAAUAAAUGAAAAAAGUUCAAUUGAUUGGGACUUCGAGACCUAUAAUCCAGAAACAACAACAACACUCGAAAGCCCAUAA